AUCCACGCGUAGGUUUUUGCGGCGACUUCGGCCACACCACCGCCGUUGAUUUUCCGUGUUUUAGCUAUCUUGGGCUGUCCAAAUGUGAGCGACGAAGCCGCUGCUCCUCCCUUGAGGGCUGAUCAAUCGCCGAAAUGGGGACGGCUACAAGUUCGCUCCAUGAUUUGAAAAAGAACGAACACCUACAGCGUUUCGUUAGCAAAGAGCCCAUCACGCCAAAUGACCCCUUUUGGAACCAGCUGCUGUCUUUCACCAUUAGACCGCCAAGAACCGGGGAGGAGUACAGCCACCUUGAUAAUUCCUUGGAGCCACUGCUUGAAACGCUUUUGCAGAACAAUGCAGUUUCAGGCAAUUUUAGUGCACUGGUCAGCGUGUUCCUGACCCGAGCACUUGAGCUGAAGGCAUCAGCGCAGUGUGACAAUAACAUCUUCACCUGGCAAACGUACAAUGCUUUGUUCAUCAUACGGUUCAUCCUGAAAUACUUCAUAGUCACCGUUACUGAAGACAAUGUUGUAAAGCAAUUUCAGGUACCGACUGUAGGAGAUGCAAAAAAGGAAGAUCUCUUGGAUUCCUUGGUGAAUGCUUUAGUUGAAAUUGUUGUUGACGUUCCGCUGCUGGAUUUCACUUAUGCGCUUCACGUGGAGGCCAUCAACACCCUGCUUGUGCUGUUGUCCGUUCAGAUGUUCUCGUCAAACACGUCUGCGAACUCUCCCAUCUACAAGUCCGUGCUUCAAGGAAAGUGCUCAAUCCAUGCUCUACUGUUCACAAAAAGUCUCCUGCAAAACUUUGUCAGGCAGGACAAGUGCCCAGAGAGCUACUACCGUUCCGAGGGCGGUGGAAGCAUCAUCAUUGGAUUAGCCUCGGGCCUAUGGAAUGUGCUCACCUUGGGCUAUGGGAGCAAGGAAGAGGACAAGGAGGCACUGCGGCUCAGGGAGACGGUGCUUGCCCAGCAGAGCCUGCUGCUGCUCCUAGUCCUGGUCAACCACUGCACAAGCGACAAGGCCAUUUGUAUACCAUACAAGAAGGCCCUCUUCUCCUUCAUCAACUCUCAAGAUGCCGGAGGGAGUGUUGAAGCCAUUCCUUCGUUCAAGCUAGAUUACGGAAAACUCUAUGACACGCUAUGCACUACCAUGAACAACGACCAGACGACACUCCUUCUUUAUCUCCUGCUUCAUCGAAAUGGAAACUUCAAGACCUAUGUUAUUUCCCGGUCAAACAUUGAAAUGCUAAUGAUACCUAUUCUGAAGAUUCUAUAUGAGGCACAUGAGAGGACAUCUCACCACAUCUACAUGUCCCUUAUUGUGCUGUUAAUACUUAGCGAGGAUGAUCUUUUCAAUGAAGCUGUGCACGACAUUGCCGUAAAGAACAUAUCGUGGUACACAGAAAGGUCAUUGUCCGAGAUUUCACUUGGAGGACUGCUGAUUCUAGUUGUCAUAAGAACCAUACACUUCAACAUGACACGUAUGAGGGACAAGUACUUGCAUACAAAUUGCCUUGCUGCCUUAGCGAAUAUGUCCAGUCACUUCAAGAAUUUGCAUCCGUAUGUUUGCCAGAGGUUUGUCAGCCUGUUUGAAACACUGGCUAAAAGGCUAUCAAAAGUAAUGGACCAAAUUCAGAACAACCCAGACUUGAAGCCAAGUGAGGAUGACUUUUCAACAGACCUUCUUCAGGACCUGUCCAUCCUGGAAGAGGUACUUCGUAUGAUACUAGAGAUCAUCAACUCUUGCCUGUCCAACCAGCUGCAGAGCAACCCAAACCUGCUCUACUCCCUGCUGUACAAACGGCACAUCUUCGAGCCGUUCCGUCUGCACCCCACGUUUCAGGAUGUGGUCCAGAAUUUGGACACGGUUCUCUCAUAUUUCUCGUCACGCCUUGAAUCACCCGACAAGCAUGUGUCUGUGAGUGAAGUGAUGGAUUCCAUUAAAGAAGCAGCCCUACAUUGGCCCACAGAUAGGCUUAAGAAGUUUCCCGAUCUCAAGUUCCGCUACGUGGAGGAGUCUCAGCCUGAAGAGUUCUUCAUCCCUUACGUGUGGACCAUCGUGUACAGGUGCUCCGGAAUUCCGUGGAGCACUAAGAAUCUGAUCCUCUUCAACCCAAACAAGGAUCUAUAGCAGGGGCAGCUGACUGGAGAGGCUAUUUAUUUUUUGGAACUGGGAAUUUGUGUGCGUGACUAUUUGUUGAAAGCUCUGUAGGUGUACAUACCAAGCAAUAGGGAUUCUUCUGUAAGCUUUAUUAACCGUUGCACUCCCCUUGUCAUCUGUUGCUAGACGAACCCUGGUGAGGCUGGCCCACUUGUCUGGAGAGUGCUUCAUCUAUUUCUCAUGUUUGUUUAGUGGAACGAUUGUGUGUAAGUAGAGAGAACUGAGGAAUGAUAGUUUUGCAAUGUUGAGGGGGAAUUUGAAGAAAAAUAUAAGUUAGUAGUCUGUUUUUUUAACAGAAUGUGCUACUGAAUGCAUGGCUUCCCAACUGAUUAUUGUUGAAAUUUCGCUCUUUAAUUGCUUUAUUUGCACGAACAUAACACAACCACAGAUAUAACGCAAGCUUGAGCUUUCAACGAACCAUAAACUCGAUUAUUAAGUUAACUAAAAGGAUGCGACUGUGGCACUAUAGGAGUGUUCCAACACAGUGUGAUGCACAAUCCACUACAGCAAAGGGGACAGCACAGGCACGCAUAGCUGCAAGCAUAGCCUCAAGGGGUCAUUAUACUUGGGUAGGGGGGCCCCCACUCCUCUGUCACAGUGAAAUUGAGUGGUUGGCUUUCUUGCAGAACCCUCUUUUCUAAUGGUUCAGCUCGCCAUGAGCUAAAAAAAGCGUUAUAUGCAGAACAUGACUAUGUUUCAUACACAAAGCGUUCCACAUAUUUCACACAUGCACACACACAAGAAAAUCUUGCUUUGUUCGUGCAAAUACAGCACUUCAUAAAUAUAAAGUCUUGCUUUAGUUUUUAUAAGUAAUGGUUCUAUUUUACUAACAGGCUGAGUAUAUGAUAAUCAUUGUUUUUCAUGCGUUAUGCGUGCUGGCGUGCAGACCUGUAAUUGAAUGUGCAUAGCGUGUUCAAUGAGUGGUGUUAUACCUUAGCAUUUUUUGAUGUCAUUGUUUUCACAAAUAAAACAGUGCUGAAUUUAUGCAAGUUA